GUUGUCCAAUCAGAGGCGCGCAACCACCACACCGGUACUUGGCCUGUGUGUGCGCGAGGACUCCCGGUGCUGAACUUUAUCCCCGUGCGCUGCUUUAAAUUGACCUUCUUUUCAUUUUAAGCCGUAAACGCGUUAAAAACCUGGAGUUAUAUCUCUGUCGGGGGAACCGAGCAGGAGCUUUGUGACCGGGGAAAGUAAAGUAACGCAUCAUGCUGCUGUUUGUGGAGGUAACCACAAAGGGAACAAGUCUGAAUCCUAACGCCAAAGUGUGGCAGGAAGCGUCAGCAACCUUCUCCCAGAAUGCCGAGGAGGCCACAGGGGCUCUAGGUUGGGCUCAGGAAGACUUCACCCCCUCUGAACCCCCGGAGGGAGGUAAAGAAUACACUGCUGUGUACGGACACUCUGAGCUUCAUGCUGUGGAAGCUGACCUGCUAAACUCUAUAGACUCUACAGAACCAGAGUACAGCACAUAUGAACCGGUGGAGGAAGAGAUGUCUGAGGAAAGUCUGAGGGAGUCCCUUAAGAAACAGCUGGAGUUCUGCUUCUCACGAGAGAACCUGUCGAAGGACCUGUACCUGAUCUCUCAGAUGGACAGUGACCAGUUCAUUCCCAUCUGGACCAUCGCUAACAUGGAGGGUGUUAAACUUCUGACCUCUGACCUGGACCUGAUCGUGGAGGUGCUGAAAGCAUCUCCCAUGGUCCAGGUGGACGAGAAAGGUGAGAAGGUCCGGCCCAAUCACAAGCGUUGUAUCAUCAUCCUGAGAGAGGUUCCUGAGAGCACACCUGUGGAGGAGGUUGAGGCUCUGUUUAAGAGUGAGAAGUGUCCUCAAGUCAUCAGUGUGGAAUUUGCUCACAAUAACAACUGGUACAUCACCUUCCAAUCGGAUACUGAUGCUCAGCAGGCGUAUAGAUAUUUACGUGAAGAAGUGAAAACCUUUCAAGAGAAACCCAUAAUGGCUCGUAUUAAGGCUAUAAACACCUUCUUUGCUAAGAACGGCUACAGGGCCGCGGACUCUGCCGUCUACACGGGAGGUGCUCAGUCUCAGUACUCGUCUCCACUCUACCUGCAGCAGGUGUUCCAGCCUCAGCAGUAUCCACUCUACAGCCUCCUCCCUCCCUCCUGGAGCCCGUCACCUACACCGUACUUCGAAACACCGCUGGCUCCAUUUCCCAACGGAACCUUUAACAGUUUCAGUGGUGCAGGAAGUUUCAAGCGCGGCUCGUCUCCCGUCAGCGUCACUCGCAACUUCCACCGCACCCGGAGCCACAUGAAAUCGUCGUCUCGUGCCGAAGCCCCUCAGACAGACGGGUUCUCGGGUCACAGCACACAGAACCCACAGACUCCCAGUGCACAUUCUGACCCCAGCACCUCAGACUCACCCUCGUCCCCCAGCGAGAAUGGACUCGUUGACCCGAGCGGCAGCAGGAUCAGGAGAGGAAGCUACCGUGGCCUGAGGCGCAGGAGAGAAGACGAGCGAACGAGGCCACUCCCACCCACUGAGACCAAAACCCCACCUCCCAAAUUUGAUCUGGCUGCUUCGAACUUCCCUCCUCUGCCAGGGGGUGUGGUCACGUUCACAGAGAACGUUCUGGAGAAUCGCAUGGCUGAUGUAGUGAAGGGUCUGAACAGAGACAAGGUGGAUUGCAGUAAACAGGAAAUUAUUAAAGAUUCUCAAGAUGUUGAGGAAGUCCCAUCUUCUCCUGUUCCUACCACGCCCACACCCCAGGACAUGCCCAGUUCCAGUGUUUCAGUUCAGGUGCAGAGCCCAGACACUGCACCGGUCCUCAGUCUUUCUCCAAUCACUGCUGCUGCUCAGUCUGACUCCACCCCCAGUCCCACAGACCCCACUCUCUCCAGCACACCUGUACAGGAGCCUCGGAAACUAAGCUAUGCUGAGGUGUGUCAGAAACCCCGCAAAGACCCGCUGCCUGCACCUGCACCCUGCGUGAGCCCCACUCCAGACCCCGCCCAAACUCCACCCAUCGUCAACCAGCCGCUCCGUGAGCUAAGAGUGAACAAAGCGAAUUCGCCGACGAGCCGUCCUGCUGAGAAGGUGUGUGAUGGAAGACCUCCACGUGAGCAGUACCGAAGCGGCAGCCCAGGGAAGGGUGCAGGGUUUAAGCUCCGGGAGCAGCAGAGACGGCCCCCUCAGGGACGACGCUCCUCCCCUCACCCAGGAUACAACAACAGACGCAGUGGGAAAGAACAGAAUAUCCCACCCAGAUUGCCGAAGUGAUGCAUACGGGACAUUUUACAUGUUUUACACCAUCAUGUAAAUAUCUAAUGUAAAGAGUUUAAUUCUAUAGAAUCUAUACAAAUAUAAACCUGCACUACGUCUGGGACGAUCAGGCGGCCAAAGCGUCACAGUAUGAGCCAUUCACAUGCAAACAAAUAAGGAAAAUGAAGAAUUGACACGUCUGGAGCUGUAAUGGCAAAAAAAAACAAUCGUGGAUGGUAACUGGUUUAUAACAUCUCAUAAUGAGACACUAAGCUUUAAAGCAUUUCUCUUUAAUGUACUGUUCAUUAAAAAUGAGCUCCCGACAUCGACACCGUUAAAUGUUGUAGCACUUGCGAUUUGUUGCUAUGGCGAUAAGGAAGACGCCUGAAAAAACGACAGUGAAUACGGUUCACCGCGAGGAUAAGGACAUGAUCCUGUUGGCUGAAACUUUCACUUUGUAGUUUUAAUUAAGUGAAUUUUGACUUAUGGAACACGAACCAAUAGGAAACGAUGAUUGUUUAGUUGAUUUGAGGAAAAAACUGCUCUGUUUAUUACUGAGUAAAUAACAGCAAUUAACUUUUUUGUAACUGUUACCAACUUCUGUUAUUAGAGGUCUGUGUUGGAACUGUGUUAAUCUCCUGCGUAAGACGUUCAUGUGUUUGGAAGCUCGUCGAUCUUUAAGUAAAGAUAAAGCACGGUUUUAGAUAAAAGGUCGGCGAGUGAUUACAGAAGUGUGACGCAGGCGAAUUAUUUAUUAGUUCCAGAUGUGUGCGAGGGACCUCGGAGAAUAAAAAAACUGAGCACUUAGAUUUCUCCUCUCAGUUCUCCAUCACGAUGUUUACAAUCGUGUUUUAAAACCACUUCAAUUAUAUUUUUAUUUAAUGCUUAAAUUACAACAAUAGUGUGUAUAAUGAGGAUUUAUCAGUGUCAGUGUCAUGUGAGAACAUCACUCAGUGCCGGUAACGAGACAACUGCUGUCUCCUGUGGGUGUGGCCUGCUGUCUCCUGUGGGUGUGGCCUGUCCAACACCGGGGGUUUAAAGAUAACUAGAAGUUUCUGAAGAUAAAUAGUUAAACCCAGAUUAAAUCAGUGUGGAAGUCAAUUGUCUGUGGUUUUCUUUUGUUUGUUUUUUAUAAAAUUUUAUAUCCAUAUAUACAGAUGUUAAUGGUGCAUCAUUAUGAGGUAAUAUUGUGACUAGCUUGUGGUAGUUAAAUGCUCUCCUGUCAUCCUGCGCUUGUCUUUGUUAAACUCCAUAAUCUGAUGUCUCAUAACAUUUCACGUGAGAUCGUCUGAACCUGUUUUUAAUGUGUACAAAAUGUGUAUAAUUCUUGGAGUGUGCGUUUGAUUUACAGGGAAAUCGUUCAUGUGGUGAUUCUGUAUGAAUUUCUGAACCAUUUUGUCCAUGAUUCUGAUUCAGAGUUGAUUUGUGUUCCUUAUAUUUACUCUAGUCAUCAUGGUACAUGUUUAAACUGUGUGUGUUGAGAGUCCUGAAGUGAUCGGGUAUUCGUUUCAUCUGUGUGAACUUUAAACGGCACAAAACUCAGACCAAAGUCUAACUAGCAGAGAGACAAUCUCAGGAAACGCUUUUAACUUCGAUUCCCCGUGACCUCUGACCCUCAUUGUUAAGUGCUUGAUGUUGAACUGAUGAAUCACGAUCAGAAGUGUUUGUUGCUCAGACUUCCUGAAGACGAUCAUCCUCAAACUUCUGCUUUUUGCCUCUUUUUUUGUUUAGUGUUUGUAUUUAUUUGUAUGUUGUUGUGUGUGUGUUUUAUUCCUCUCAGUGGUAGAUGUUGUGCCACUAAAUAAGGUUUUGUUUUAUUAAUGAAACUAAUGUGGACUGAUGAGCGGUUUGUGGUGUAAAUCUAAACACUUUGUUUUUGAUUUCAGGUAUUUAGUCUUUAUGAAUUUAAGAGUUUUCUAGUAGCAGGAUUGCUAGAAUAAGUGUUGUCUUUUUUCCCCCUCUUGUUCUUUUUCCCCUCUCCUCCUAUGUUGUGUUUUUCUCGGAAGGUUAAUAGUCAACACCUUGAGUAAAGUGUGCUGAACACAUUGUAAAGAUCUACAGAGAUGUUUAAAAUGAUGAAGCAUAAAAAAAAGAAUAAAUGAUAUGAGCGGCA